UCGGAGCGCAAGCGCUUUCAUCAAUUCAGUCGAUCUUCUGGCUCUGUUACGGCAGGUUUAAGAAUGUAGUUGUGAAGUUCAAGUUUGCGUUUAUAAUUCGCUAAAAUGUCAAAUGUGAUGUGGUCCUGUUCGUGUUGUUUGCGGUUCAAGUUCAGCCCCGAAGAACUGGAACAACGUUACAAGAGUCUGGAAAUCGAUAAGAUUAUUGAAAAAGACAAACAGGCCAUGAAGAGACAAGUUAAGCUUUUGCUACUAGGGGCUGGAGAGAGUGGAAAAUCGACGUUCCUCAAGCAAAUGAGGAUCAUCCAUGGAAUUAAAUUUGAGAGCCAUUUAGUGAAGGAGUAUCAGCAGGUUAUUUAUCAAAACUUAGUGAAGGGAAUGAGAGUGUUGGCAGACGCUAGAGACAAACUGGGAAUACCUUGGGGUAACAAUAAUAACGUUGAUUUGGGCAGAGAGUUGUUACAGUUCGACAACAAUUUAGUUCUCGAUUCCAGGACUUUUAGUCAGUUCACACCUCUUCUAUCUAGGCUUUGGAAAGAUUCUGGCAUACUAAGAGCUUAUGAGAGACGAAGAGAGUUCCAACUGAGUGAUUCGGUUGAAUAUUUCCUCAACAACCUGGAAAGGAUAUCCAAACCAGACUACAUGCCAACAAACAAAGAUAUUCUCCACUGCCGCAAGGCGACCAAGGGAAUCACGGAGUUCGUAAUACCCAUAAAUAAUAUUCCGUUCCUGUUCGUAGACGUUGGCGGGCAAAGAUCUCAGAGGCAGAAGUGGUUCCAGUGUUUCGAUUCGGUCACCUCGAUAUUAUUUUUAGUAUCUUCCUCAGAGUUCGACCAAGUUCUUCUAGAAGAUCGUAAAACGAAUAGAUUAGAAGAAUCUAGAGAUAUUUUUGAUACCAUCGUGAACAACAUUAUAUUUUCCGGGGUGUCUAUAAUACUCUUUCUGAACAAGUACGACUUGUUGGAGAAAAAAGUGGCGAAUCCAGAAACUGAUAUUCGCUGGUACUUUCCGCAGUUCGCUGGGAAUUCUCACUCGAUGCAGGAUGUACAGGCAUUUAUUCUGGCGAUGUUCACUGACGUUAAGAGAGACAGUAAAAAAGCAUUGUACCACCACUUUACUACGGCUGUGGACACGGAAAACAUUAAAGUAGUAUUCAACUCGGUUAAAGACACAAUUCUUCAUCGCAACUUAGAAAUUCUGAUGCUACAGUGAUUAAUUUGUGCGUUAGCAAAGUGUUUCAAAAGUGUUCUGAUGUUCCAUUGGCUGUGUUAAACACAAAAUAUAUUUAAUUUAAGACUGACUAAAUUUUAAAUUAGUCUUAAUUGAUUUUAACGGUUUUUGGUUGUAGAGGAAUUUUUGAAAUGUUUACCUACCAAAAGAAGUACAAUGUUUAUCUAACCGAUAAGCUGGAAUUGGAGUAGUAUCCCAUUACUAAACUUUAUAAAAAGAAAAAACUCACAUGAUUCGUGUUGAGAUUUGAACCGUUUUCAAAGUGACAAAAAAAAGGCUCCAAAUUUCGUUAUAUGAUGCUAGAGUCAUGCAAAUAUCGAAAUAUAGAUGUAUUUCUUAUUGCAUUUUUGGAACUCUUUUCAUCGCCACGUUUCAUUUAAGGUAUUCAGUUUCAGACUCCAGUUAUAAAACUAUUUGCACCCAAAUGAAUAGUCACAUAUUAAAAAUGUUAAGUAGGGAGGGGGUAUAUAGAGGGACAGUUCUUUCUCAAAGGAAUAGAUUCGUACAGGAAUAUUUCUGCAUGAUGCAUUGCAAUGCAAUGCAUGAUGCAUUGUUGGUACAUAUAGGGACAUAGGUUUACAUAUUGGGACAACAAAAUAUUUGCACAAUAAAUAAUCUUGAACAUAAGUUUAUUCCAAAAAUAGUAACAUUUCUCCUUAUGAAUCAUUGAACAUUAUAUAGAGAAAAGUUGAAUGGAAACUGCAGUUGUUUGAAAGCUUUUUUCUGUGCCUCCAAAUAUUCUUGGCAUGGGUAACUUGCACAGAACAUUCUCUCUGCGUAUGACAUUCUCAUUUUUUGUCUGGAAUGAUGAAAGUUGGGGGUCUUUUUCAUGAUAUUUGUCAUCAUAUGAUACAUCAAUUUGACCAGCAUAAUGUUUGAUACUUUUUUCAACACAUAUUGAACCAAGACAAAAUCGGAUACUUCAAUUUGUAUGUCACUAACUAUUUUCUUCUCUUUCUACUUUUCACUAUUCAUACAUCAGUAGAAUCAUCUGAUAUUACACCUUGGUCUGGUUCACCAUCUUUACCAUCACUAGAUAUUUCCUUAACUACAACUUUUUUCUCGCAGCUCAAUUUUUUUCUCUUUCAUUCAUGUUACAAAUAACUUUCUCAACUUCUUUCUCCAUAUUUUUUUGAUACGAGGCGUGACGCUCCUUGUUCUUUCUAAUGUUUUUUUUUUUCGUCUUUUCUGCUUUCCCUCAGCAUCUGAAAUAAGGUAACAGAUGUCAAGAAGAAUGGACACAAAACAAGAGCUCACAAAAAUGGUGUGACUGUCCCAGUAAGAACCACCUGAAUUUGUCCCUUCAUCCUUAUUGAAAAUAAUCCGAAUGGCAAAAUUUAUUCGUGCAUACCUUUCAAACUAUGGAAACAACAACAAAUUUCAAAAACGUUUCACAGAAAUUGGAGGAGUAAUAAUAAUAAUAAAUCUUGAAGACAUCGAAAAAAGAUCAGCAUUAGGUUGAGCGUUGGAACAUUUGGUUAACAAGUUUUCACUGUUGAUAAUGGAAAUUGCUGUAGAUUAGUGGAAAUCUAUUCAGUAGUGAUCACUUUCGACCUAAACAAACUUUAUCUAGUUGGUAAAACAUUGCAAAUCAUUUAUUUGUCCCACUGUGUACCAUGUCCCACUAUGUACUAUGUCCCACUGUACACUACCUUUUCCUACAUGUAUUUUAGUUUCAUGGUUUUCUUUGAUUUAUUACUCCACAAUUUUUUUCUCAUUUCUGUCACUGUCAGGCUACAUCAUAUUUUGAAUAUGAUAAGCUGCAAAAAGGAUUCUACAAAAUUAAUAUUUCAUUGUUUGAUUGACAGUAUUUCCUUCUCAUCUCAAGUAAAGGUACUGUAUAGAAAUGUGUUUUUGGCAUGUAUGUCGCGUGUUGGUGGAUUUGUUUUUCUUCAGUAAAUAUUUUUAAAUUGGAUUCCUGUGAUGUACUUGUUUCAAAAACAACAAUUUUUCUGAGUCAAUAUUUUUGUUUAAUUCAUUGAUUAUUUCAUUAUGUUGUCUCUACUAUGCUUUUUAAUGGUGUGGGAUUCUGCACUCAUACUCUGGAAGACUGAUCUCAACUUGCAUUUGUAAUUUGGCAGGUAUACCAACUUGCCUAUACGUUUUCUAUCCACUUACUUGCAGGAUAUAGUUGUUCCAAAACCUUCAUGGAACUUUUGAGAAUUACAAAAAAAUAACUACUGUCUUUCAUUAAAUUCUUGGGGACAACGAAAAUAUCUUACAUUCACUACUUUCACUCGAAUGGAGAUGUUUUUGUAUUCUGGUUGUUGAUUGCUCUGACUUGAGAUUUUUUUUUCAAAUGACCUGGUCUUAUUAAAUUCGUCAUCACAUCCUAAUAUUGAUGAAAUUAUUUACUGAAAAAAUGCGGGAAGAGGCUUUGCUCAAGGUAUAUCUUAGACUCUAGCAUCAAACUACAUAACAUUGCAGAUUUUGAUUGUUUUUGUGAAUAAUUGGUAUUGCAUUGUUUUGAAACUUUUAUACUUUUAUAUAUUGAGUGAUAUUUAUGUUUAGAGUUACAAUAUUUACAUGAACACUCAAAAUACAGGUUAUACAUAUUUUAAAAUUUUAGUCUGCAAGUGAAUUUAUUAUUUUGGAGUUACAAAAAAUAUAUAUACGGACACUUUGAUGUUUAGUAUAUAUUUAUUCAAUGAACAUAUGAUUGUACUGGGAUGCUACCUACAUCUUCACGAUUCUUCAUAUACCGUGCCAAGUGAGGUCUUCCCCUUUGUGUUAUUGAAAUUGAUAACGUUUUUCAUUUGCAUGCUAUUUUAUGAAUAGCUGAUUUUAUGAAACGAAAAAUUUCCAUAUUCUAUUUGUAUGGUUUUUGUGUGGCGAAGACAUUUGAAAACAGUUUAGUGUGUUAGAACAUAUCAAGAAAACCAAAAAUAACUUCACAAAAUAUAACUUGUUAUUGACCAAAGAUAAUUCUCAGAGUUUGAGAUAUUGUGUGAAACAUUCUGAAGUUUCUCUGAUAUUUAAGUAAUUUUAUAUUACCCAUGUAUCUACUGAAAUAAUGUAUAUUAUAUAACGGCUAAGUUUUUAUAUAUUUCACCAACAGAUAUUCUUUGCAUUAUCCAACUGCCAAUGUGCCUCGAAGAUGUAAUUUUAUUUUAGAUGUACUUGAUCAUGGAUGUGAUACAGUUUUUCCAUCAUGUAAAAGUAUGCUUCUGCCGAAACAAUUUUUCUUAUAUUUUCUUUACAGAAGAAACAAAAAGUGUGAGCGACUAGUACUGUAUAUAUUUGUAAAUAACUUGAGAAAUUUUAUUUUCAUACAAAUAUAGUAUUCAUCAAAGAGUGUAAACCGUGUCAAAGAUAUUUUGUGGGUUUUUCAGCUGUGAUCUGCGAAGUUUUGUCUGACGUUUCGCCUAAAGCUACGGUAUAAAUUAUCGAAGGCGAUGAAGCACCCUAGGAAGUGUAUUUUCUGCUCUGCAGACAGCACAGUGGCAACUCGAGCACAUCGCUUUUGAUAUUGUAUACCGCAGUCGUAGACGAAACGUCAGUCAUGAUAACCUGCAAACAACAGCUAACAAGUUCAAAAAAAUAGAUUUGACACAUAGUAUUGAAAAAGGCCUUCCAUUCAAGAGAAAAUGGGGCAGCUUGUACGAUUGUGUGUUUAUAUGUUCAUAGUAGAAAAACAAAUUUGAUUGUGAAAAGUUUCAUCUGAUUUAUCACGAAGUUUUCCAAAGUCUUUAACUUGGUGGGAUGAUUCAUUUCAAAAUGUGAAAUGAUUUGUUGCAACUGGGUUCAUUCACUCGUUAUUUAUAAGUUCCAUAAAAUAUGUUGUGUACUCAGGUUAAUAUAUCAUAUUGCAUAACUUUUGGGAAACUUCCAAUACAUUACUUGUGAAAAGCAGUAAAAUAUUUACAGGAAAUACUAUCCAGCGUGCCUUUUACCAUGGAAUCUGAAGAUGUAUUAAUUUUGUAGAUAAGCUUACAUAGCUUUUUAAUGAUUUGUACAGAAACAUUUUAUUUCUAUAAAAUAUUUUUCUAUUUGUUAAUAAAAACUAUUAUAUGAA